CGUUUACUUCUUGGGAAGACUUCACCCUUUUCAAUCUGAGUAGUUCAUAUACAAGCUGUUGUUGUAAUGGGAGUCCGGUAGGGACAUGAUAGGGCCCUUUUUAUUUUUUUGACCAAUAGGAUUUUUUUUUUUAGGAGAUGGGGAAAAGGGGACUUAGAAUUAAACUUUUAACUAGUUAUAAGCACGUCUUACUAUACAGGAAGGGGUUGAAGAAGAAAGAGAAUGAGCUCCUGGCCAAACAGGCUGAACUUGACCGGCGGGAGGAGCAAGUGAAGCGGAAAGAAGAAGCUUUAGCAAGAGCUGGUGUUCAUCUAGAAGUGAGAAACUGGCCUCCGUUUGCCCCAAUCAUUCAUAAUGAUAUUGCAAAUGAUAUACCGAUUUACCUACGAAAGUUGAUGUAUAUGGCUUUUGCAUCUUUAUUAGGAUUGGUUCUGUGCCUUUUCUGGAAUGUUGUAUCUGCAACUGCAGCAUCCAUCAGUAGGAACGAUGUAAGGAUCUGUUUCCUCUCCAUAAUCUACUUCAUAUUAGGAGUUCCAGGAGCCUAUUUCUUAUGGUAUCGCCCCCUUUAUCGUGCUUUUAGGACUGAAAGUGCUUUCAAGUAUGGAUGGUUUUUCCUGUUUUAUUUGGUACAUAUUGGCUUCUGCAUCGUUGCUGCAAUUGCUCCUCCUAUAAUUAUCAAAGGGAAAUCACUAACAGGAAUCCUGGCUGCAAUAGAUCUUCUGAACAAGAAAACUUUUUUAAUUGGGAUAUUCUACCUUGUUGGAUUUGGAUUGUACUGUCUCGAAAUAGUAUUAAGUCUCUCUGUUAUGCAGCAAGUAUACACGUAUUUCCGUGGCAGUGGAAAAGCUGCUGAGAACCGCAAUGCAACGAGAACGAGAGAAGCAGCUAUAAGAAUAUAGCAAAGCUCAAGUCAUAACCUGGUAUCAGAAUCAAGCAAAGAUAGCAAUACACUGUACGUAUCUAGCUCGUAUAAUUACUCCUUGCAGCAUAGAAAAAAGAAUAGAGCUGAUCCUUGGAUAAGCUAGUAGACAUGUAGUUCCUUAUGUAAGUGCAAAAUUGUUCAUUGGAAUUUCAUUAGAAGAGUGCUUGAAUAAGCCGGUUUUAGUGGGAAUGGUGAGGCAUGAAUUCCCUUCAUAGAUGUUUUGUUUCUCAUGGAUUAUAUAAAAGAAAAUAUUACUGUUUUU